UUCGAAGGACGUUUCGUGGAGAAGCGCAGAGGAGACUGCUGUGGCGGACGCCCCAACCACUCCCGUGAUCUUUGGAUUCUAUUCUGUCUUUUUUUGUUUUAACCCGGGAUGCGUUCGUGAAAAUCAAGCAAAGUCUUUAUCCUCUCCAAAAGUUGUAUAGUGUUAACCUCUCCAAAGGCCAGGGGAGUCAGCAGGAAAGAUGGUGAUGCUGAAGAUCCUUGCUUUGUGCCUCCUGUAUGGAGCAACAGUACAUGCCCAGGGCCAAGAAUGUCAUAAGAAGGCAGAAUGCCCUAUCCAUUUGUACUUUGUCAUCGACACCUCCGAGACCAUCGCCCUCCAGGAGCCCCCACCUGGCAGCCUGGUGAACAGCACCCGUGACUUCGUCGAGAUGUUCGUCAAGCAGCUGGAGGACAUUGACUACCGCGGCCUGGUGCAGAUCACCUGGCAGAUCGGCGCCCUCCACUUCUCCCAGACGCAGCGGAUCAUCAGCGGCAUCACGGACAAGAGCUCCUUCCUGGACAGGCUGCUCAAGAGGCCCGGCAUGAAUUACCUGGGCAAGGGCACUUACAUCGACUGCGCCCUCACCAACAUGACGGCGCAGGUCAAGGCCGCCAGCCAGCCGAGCAUGCGCUUCGCCGUGGUCAUCACCGACGGGCACGUGACGGGCAACCCGUGCGGCGGCAUCAAGACGGCCGCCGAGCAGGCCAAGGACCUGGGCAUCCGGCUGUUCGCCGUGGCCACGUCGAACAAGAUGGACGAGGCAGGCCUGCGGGAGAUUGCCAGCUCGCCCGUCGGCGUCUACCAUGACGGCCUAAUGGCCGUGAACAUCUCGCCAACAUCAGUUGCGAUUAGCAGACCGACCGCCGAGCGCAUCAUCCAGACCAUGAUGCAUCAAGCCUACCAGGAGUGUUACAAAGUGAGAUGCCUGGAGACAGAUGGCCCCCCUGGUCCACUUGGACACAGAGGACAGAAAGGUGCCAAAGGUGACCAAGGUAGCCCUGGGCCAAAAGGUGACCAAGGUCGGCAGGGUGAUCCUGGUAUUGAAGGUCCUAUUGGUCAUCCUGGACCUAAAGGAGAGACUGGCUUGAAAGGGGAUAAGGGUGAGAUCGGCACACAAGGAAAGAAGGGAGGAGCCGGGUUACCUGGACGCAAUGGAACAGACGGCCAGAAGGGUAAAAUUGGGCGGAUAGGUUCUCCUGGUUGUAAAGGGGACCCAGGUGACAAGGGACCUGAUGGUCACCCAGGAGAUGUUGGUGACAUUGGUUUCGCUGGCACUGGUGGAGAGAAGGGAGAUCCUGGUCGUCCAGGGAGAUCAGGACCCACAGGCCCGUCAGGAGAUGCUGGACCUAAGGGAGAAAGAGGAAGUCCAGGCACCCCAGGACGACCAGGGCCUAAAGGACCAGCAGGGAAGUUAGGUGGACCAGGACCAAGAGGCGAGCCUGGAAGACGAGGAGACUACGGAGCCAAGGGGGGCAGUGGGGCUCCAGGCCCGAAAGGAGAGAAGGGUGAAGCUGGUCAGGAGGGACAAAGAGGUCUUCCAGGUGAAUCUGGCACAAAAGGAUCCAAGGGAGACAAUGGUUUACCAGGACCAAGGGGUCCUCCAGGAGCAUUAGGGGAACCAGGAAUCAAUGGUAGCCGUGGCGACCCUGGUGAUGUUGGACCUAGGGGAGAUCCGGGUACUCCUGGACCCAAGGGUGAUCACGGCAGACCAGGCUUCAGCUAUCCUGGACGCAGAGGCGAAACAGGUGGUAACGGUGAGAAGGGAUCCCCUGGCCCAAGGGGCAGCAGAGGAGACUGUGGGGCUAAAGGAGAGCCUGGCCUGAAGGGACCAGUAGGAGAUGCGGGACUCGAAGGACCGCCAGGAGAACCAGGACAAAGAGGACCUAGAGGAGACAGUGGAGGAAAUGGGGAUCCUGGUGCUGAGGGUGACCCUGGCCUGACUGAAUGUGAUGUCAUGAGCUACAUUCGUGAGACCUGUGGUUGCUGUGACUGUGAGAAGAGGUGUGGUGCUCUGGAUAUCGUCUUUGUGAUUGACAGCUCAGAGAGUGUGGGUCUUACCAACUUCACCUUGGAGAAGAACUUUGUUAUCAAUACCAUUAACAGAUUGGGCUCCAUUGCUAAAGACCCUAAUUCACAGACAGGAACCCGUGUUGGUGUGGUCCAAUACAGUCACAGUGGAACCUUCCAGGCCAUUAACCUCAACGACUCAAGGAUCGACUCUCUGUCCGCGUUCAAAGAUGCCGUGAAGAGGCUUGAGUGGAUCGCCGGCGGCACCUUCACCCCCUCUGCGCUGAAAUUCGCCUACGACAACCUGAUCCGCGACAGCAUGCGCAGCAGCGCCAAGGUGUCCGUGGUGGUGAUCACAGACGGCCGAUUCGACCCGCGCGACAACGACAAGCUCCUCACCUACCUGUGCAACCAGGGCCGGGACAUCAACGUCAACGCCAUCGGCAUCGGCGACAUGUUCGACGUCCCUCAGGACUACGAGAACCUGAACUCAAUCGCUUGCAUACAGAAUGGCAACGCACCGCCGAACGCACCCGUGAAAAGCAACGGCAACAAGGUCAUUCCCAUGAAGCGCUUCGCUGACCUGGUGGCAGAGGAGUUCAUCGAUCAGAUGGAGUCAGUGCUUUGCCCCGAUCCUGUCAUCGUAUGCCCUGACCUUCCAUGCAAAUCCGAUGAGGCGUCCUCGUGGAACGGCUCACCACUGUUUGACGACGACCCCGUCCCAAGCACAGUGCCGAACGUGGCAAACUUAAUCAGUUCCCUCCAGGACACCAAGCUCUCCGACACCUACACCACAGCUGUGGCCACAAUGGCCUACACUGCCCAGAGGGCCAAGUUCUCCACAGGAUUUGAGAGGCAACAGUGGACUGAGCAGUUCAUUAACUCGUUCAGAGUCGUCUAUGGCAACAUCAUGGGAGAUCCUGAUAAAGUCGUUGGGUGGUGUUUAUAAAAAAAGAUUAGAAAGUCAUAAAUCGGGAAAAAAAAUGCAAUAUUGGAAUUAUUAUUUUUUGGAAUUAUGUUGUCCUUUUGUUCAUAUAGGAGACAGCUUCAGUUUAGCAUGCCACUAAUUGACUAAGCUCAAUGUCAGCUCCCAGCAUGAUCGUACUGUAUAUAUUUUAAGCUGAAGGCUGCUAUUCCUCUUGGCUAUGGCAAAAUCAUUCAGUGACCUAGUCUAACUGUUAGCAUGGCUUUACAUUUUGCCACUGAUGAGAGUGACUUAAAAAUAUCAAGUUUUUGCAUGAACGCUCAGACUAGGUUUCAGGAAUAACUGUCUUCCAAACCACUAACCUCGAGCAGAAUAUUGAGGUGUAUAUUGUUUAUUAAAGCAAAAACAUUUGCACCUGCUCUAAACAAUGUGACAUAUCAGCUUUAACAAAAUAUUAUUGCUAAUCAUUUCAAAAGCUCGUUAAUGAAAGGUGUUCAGAACAGUUGCACUCUUUAUCUGCAUAAGACAACAGUAAGGUGCCCAAACUGCCCAUGGAGUUAAAUAUUUUUAAAUCACAACUGCAAUCUUUUUUAUAUUUUUAAUAUCUUAUAGUAGAUAGUAGAUAUGACAUUUAAUGUGGAAUAGAUACAACUGUUUUGUACAUAUUGCAAUGUUUGUGACUUGACAUAGACAGAGCAUUCAGAUGCCAAUCAAAACUGUUUUGCAGUUUGCACAUUUAGAAUUUUAUCUCAAAGCUUUGUGCAAAGUCAUGCCAAUGAUUGAGCCUAUUGUAGAAGUACUUAUAAAUAUUUUAGAUGAUGAAAUGACAAUUACAUUUUAAAGCAUUACUUCAUGCUUUACCAUUUUUUGCCUAAGUCAUCAUCAUUCAGUUGUUGGUGUUUCCUAAAAAACCUGAAAAAAAUACUUAUGCCAUUAUUUUAGGAAGGUGACAAUGCUUUAAAUACUAUGAAGUGCAAUGCAUAGCUUAUGUAUAGUAUUUUUGAAGGUGUAAGAAUCGUAGCACUUAGUGGAGAAACAUUUAAAGUGAGAUACAAGGCUUGAAACACAAUAGAGAUCCACCUGAAAGUAAAUCGUGAUAAAAAAAAAUGGUAACAGCUUUUUUUUUGCCAUAUCGCAUGUAGUGUGUGUGUGUCUGUGUGUCUGUGUGUGUGUGUGUGUGUCUGUGUGUGGGUGUGUGUGGGUGUGUGUGCGUCUGUCUGUCUGUCUGUCUGUCUGUCUGUCUGUCUGUUUAAAUGAUGUCCAAUGGUCAGUGAAAUAACACAUGGUUUAGAACUUAAUUUAGAUUGUCAAUAUGGCAAAAACUAUACUGUUGCACUUUAAAAUGAAAAUACUCUUUUUGACUGUUUUUUUUUUUUCAUGAAACCACAAUAUGCAAAUGGGGAAAAGAUGCUUAUAAUACAAAUACUGUGACACUAGCUCUGUGACUGCAAUGAAUAUUUAACCUCAGCAUAGGUAUUUUAUUUUGUGCGUUUGGAUGUGCUCUUUAUAUUUCAUAUACUGUUGACCAGUAUUUAAUAAAUUACUGUAAACAAAUGGCAAACAAAUGGUGUGGGUAUUAAUUGUGUUUUGUAAUUAUUGUGUUUGUAAUCUCUGACAACACAACUAGCACGUACAAAGUUGAUAGGUUGAACAUAUUUAGUACAAACAACAAACAAUUCUGAAUGAUAAAAGUAAAUAACAAAGGAUUGUUUUUGCAGACCUCUGCCAUGUUAUUCAAAUACAAUACAAUACAAUACAAAGCCAUUUUAACUGGCAUUUAAUUAUGUGGUUGUCCAUGUUUGUUUCAACAUGUGUCUGUUUUCUGGUUUUAGAAACCCAUAUGCCUGGUCUGAUGA